AUGGACCUCGGUCAUGGAGGCCUGCGUCGCCAGGCCUUCUCCAAGCUUGCGGCCCUCUCCUCAGUCCGAUCCUCGACCCGUGAGGCGGAAUUCAAGCGUCUAACAUCGGCAGCGCCGUCCAUCAGGCCCCAGACGAACGGUGGUGUUCUCGAUGGCGUCCUUCGGGCAAUUGCACCCAUUUCACGGGUGCCUAUGUCGCCCCGCGAACUCGAUGUCUUGCUCGCCUUGUGCGCAAGUGCUCACGACCUGCACGAGCUGUCUCAUGCCGAUCGCCUGGUCAAGCAGUUGACAGCUUACCUGCCCGAGUCACAUUCCCAAGUCUUCUCAUCCUCGCCCUUUGUCCAGGAAAUCAGACCCACGCCGUGGACUGCCCUCACGUUCCAACUUACAAAGGCGCUACUCGUCCUCGGACUCAGAUUCCCCCCUUUGAAAAACGCGGUCGCGUACAGCAUCAAGUUGUAUACACAGAAUUGGUCCCAGUCUGCUUCGGCACUGGCAGCUGUUGGGGUUGGCGAGCAAGAUUCAGACGACGACGACGAAACCCAGGAAAUUGCGGCGAUAACGGUGUCGUUAAUCGGGUUUCUGGAUGCGGCGGCUGCUCAUGGCAACUUCUGGUCCCCUUAUGAGACAGUCGAACUUAUUCGCUGCUUGAAAGAAGCUUUGUCAGAGCGUUUCCUGAUAGCCGUCGAGACUGCCUCGUCAGCUAUCCGGAAUUCCACAUCCACUGAUCCUGCGGAUCGUGACUGGAGAAAAUACUUGAAACGAUUCGCAGCACAGGGACUUCCAGUCGGAGCCAUGGUGUUGCAAAAGGGCUUCAUGAAACUGGUACUUGCGUGUACGGCCAGAAUGUUAUGCGAUGAACACACGGUAGAGUGCGGAGACAUACUCGAUCAAUACAUCGCUGGCAACCACCUAAACCGAGCCAAAGAUGACACUAUUACGGAUGACAUGGUCGCCUAUCUGGUGGACAUUGUCAGUGAGCAAAUGCGUGUGCUAGAGGAUGGCUCGGAUUAUUUACAGCUCAGCUCAGUCUGGCAACAGCGUCUUGCGUUUUCUGUCAAGGCAUACGCUGUAGAAGCAUAUCUGCAUUGCUUGGUUCUGGACGAGGAAAUCGCAGAUGCCGAGGACCUGGCCGCAUGGCUUGAAGACUCGAUCGCCAACCAAGUUCAAAUGGCAGAUCUCGACCUUGCGGACAUAGUCCUGAAAACCAUGGCCGUCGUGGCCAAACACAUCCCCGAGGGUGCAAACAAUUACGCUCGGGCCCUGUUAAGAUUCAUUGUCCGAGGCACCUCCCGACCACCAGCAGUUGCCAUCGCUGCGCAAAGCUUGUCGCAUAUCUUGAGGAUGUUGUCACACGAUGCUAUUAUCACCACGAUAUAUUCACUGGGAAAUGUUCUCAGUUCGCAAACAGGGGCCGAAAAGGUACACCAGGCUCACGGGUUGCUAGAGCACCCGGGUCACAAUGGGUCCAUGUCAUCUACGACAAGACUCCGAACUGGGAGCGUCAUUUCGCUCUCUCUGAGCGGUGACGAAGAAACAUCGCUGGUUUGUGGCAAUGUCGCAGAUGCAAUUGUUGUCAUAGCCACCGAAUGCAACGACAACAAAAUAAUCGCCCUGGCACAGAUGAUGAUGUUACAAAAGGUGGGGAGGAUCAGCGUCGUGGUGGAUGCUCGCAUUAUCGAAGAAGCGGCAAAGCUCGCCAUUUUUGGCAAGGAGAACGAGUUCAAGGCUUUGAUCAGACUAUACAGUCGAAUGCAUCACGAGGCUGUAGCUCAGGAAAACACCGUCAUCAUGCAAGCUAUCCGCAACGCGCAAGAAUACUUGGCAAUCAACCUCGAUAACCGAUCCCCACUGUUCAAGAUCUAUGCCAUGCAGCUGCUGGAACGGGUCCUCAGCAAGGGGGAUGUUGUCGAAGGCGAAUUCAAGCAGUCUGCGGAAGUCGAACAGGCUGCGAAAGAGAUAGCACCUCUCCUCAAGCCGCUGUCUAUUCUUGCUUCUCGAAAGCCUGCGCUAACCAUCGAGAGCACACUUGCCGAAGAUGGCGAUGUGCUAAGCAUGGUUAGAGAGGUCUGGUACAACAUGGCUGUGCACGGAAUCACUCUCCAGUCUCGCAUCGGCCAGCAGCAUUACCAUGAGUUGCGGGUGUUGGCCAUGAACUCGAUGCCGCUCGUGGAUGAUGACCGUGCCGAGCUUUUAGAAUCAGAUGUGGAGAUCAACACUGUCCUGCGGAGAGGAAUGAACUCUCAUCACAUGAACGACCAAAAGAAAGCUCUUCUUUUCGCUAUCCCCGAUCGAGAAUCUGACAUCGGAAAGUUGAGUUACCAGAAGGUCGUGUUCUUAAAUGCGGUGUUUCUUGUUGAAAGCCUCCGAGCGGUAUCUGGAAGCUGUGCUGAGAUCCUGGACUAUUUCUCGGAUCCGACGACGCAGACCAGCCACAUGGGAGCAUGUCUGGGCUCGAUUGCGAACGAAGUUGUCAAGAGGUAUACCCAGAAAGCUGUGGCUGGCAAGGACGAUGAUUUCAGCGCCCCGUAUGUGUCUCGACAACUCGCUCGGAUCCUGAGUGGCUGUUGUCACCGGAGCAGUAAGAUGCAAGAGGUCGCAAGGGCAGCAGCCAACCAUAUCAUCAGCUUUGUCCCUUCGGCCUUGUGUCAAAAGUCCGCCUUGUUUGCUUUACUGGAGCUCCUUUCUUUAAUGUGGUCCAGCUGUCUUGAUGCAGACACUGACGAGUACGAGUGGCGGCCCAUUCUCACCUCGACUCGAGGCAAGAUCACGGUUGAGUUAUCCGACGACUACGCAUUCCGCAAGCGCACUCUGCAGACGCUGCAUAGUGAUGCCAGGAAAUGGGUGACCAUGGUAUUGGGGGUCGCACCUUUGGACGUCAAGGGCCUACUCCAGACAUACCUCUCCGAAUUCGAUGACACUGGGGCAUACGGACAUAUUUCCCUGGGCAGAUCGUUUGCUCUGGAAAUGGGCUCCAUGAUCCCCCCGACGGAUCGUAGACUGAACGCCAUCGACCGAAGAAAUGACUCAAUGGACAUCAACAUGGCGUCUGAUUUUGUAGCCCAAUACACUGCUCGGCAAGAAUAUCGAUUUACAGGAAUCCCGGACCACCACCGCGAUGAGAUCUACAUGGAUGACACGACCGGACGAAGAUCUUCCCUGCAGAGGCCGUCUGCUGAUCCAAUGCCUGUUUUGCAAGAUGCACUCCUCGACCUUCACAGGAAAACGAGUCUGAAGGUUCAUGUUAAAGCGUUCGAAGUCCAGGAUGUUCUGCGACGCGCGGCGGCUCUCCUCUGCCAGAGCAAGAAAUCGCAGACAGCUAUUGUGCACUACCUGGUCAAUAUUCCAUUCGCCAUUUUCACAAAGGAGUCCAUUAAACUUGGUAUCUCCUUGUGGCUUGGGGUCAUCCACGAGAACACCAGGAUGGAGCCCCGAAUCUUGACAGAGGUUGCGCAGGCCUGGGAAAGGACGAUUGAUCGCAAAGUCGGCAUCUUCAGCCCCAAUUUCGAGCAACCAGAUCCAUUUUAUGUCAAGGAAGAGUUCGCUCCAUCUGACAGAGCUGCGCUGCACAAAGAAGCACAAGCAGCGCACAACACCAUCGCGCCCCAUUUCAGGUUAAUGCAAUUUUUCGAAAGUCAUUUCAAUGCCAUCAGACUUGGAAGCGCCAAUACUCAACGUACAUUUCUCCGACUGCUAGAGCGAACUCUUCAUGGCUUUAUCCGUAUCAAGGGACAUCCCCUUCUGCGCGACAUCCAAUUCCACGUGGUCCUUUUCGCUCUUCGAGUGGUCAAAAAUAGCACAUGUCUCAACAAGUUGUCUAUGUGGAAACUGAAAGAUCUUAUUCUAUCCGUCGGACUGCAGUGGUUUGCAAAGCCGCCAUAUUGGUCCUUUGGUGGCAAUCGGCUACAGUUAAAGGCUGAGGUUCAAGUGAUGCAGGAUGUUUUGGCCUUGUUGCAAGGUACCCGGAUACCCAUAUUUCCAGCUUCGGCGACCAGAAAAGAUCCCCAACAGAAGCACGAGCUAUUAGAGGCUCUUCUAACGAACGAAAUCAACCGGCUGAAUGUUUGGUUGUCACCCCUUGGGCAUUCGGGCCACCAAGCCCAGCCUGAGUCUCAAGUUGCAGGCCUCGUUCGGACCGCAUGGGCAGAGGACCCAGCUCUGGCGGUACAGCUUCUCGCACGAUUCAACUAUGACCAGCUUCGCCGCGAUGUCCGAUUCCUGCUACUUAAUCAACCCGAAAAAGCUCUGCACGAAGCUAAUGCAGUCGAUUUGCUGCUUGGGGACAGACUGGCGUCAGACUUGUCAUUCCAAUUGAAGUAUCUAUUAUACUGGCGUCCGGUCAAUCCAGUUCAGGCCGUGACGUACUUCAUGCCUGCUUUUGGUAAUCACCCAUUCAUCAUCCAGUACGCGAUGAGAGCUGUGGAGAGCCACUCUGUUGAUGUCACGUUCUUCUAUGUCCCACAGAUUGUACAGAGCCUACGGUAUGAUGCGCUGGGAUACGUCGAGCGGUACAUCAUCGAGACAGGCAAAUUUUCCCAGUUGUUUGCUCACCAGAUCAUUUGGAACAUGAAGGCCAACGCAUACAAGGAUGAGGACUCGCAAGUGCCGGACCCUGUCAAGCCCACACUGGAUAAAGUCAUGAACAGUCUGAUCUCGAGUUUCUCCGGCGAAGACAAGGACUUUUACGAGCGAGAGUUUUCCUUCUUCAGUGAGGUAACCGAUAUCUCGGGCAAACUCAAGCCGUUCAUCAAGAGGCCUAAGCCAGAAAAGAAGGCCAAGAUUGAAGAAGAGCUUCGGAGAAUCAAAGUCGAUGUCGGGGUCUAUCUUCCGAGUAACCCUGACGGUGUAGUGGUGGGCAUCGAUCGGAAAUCUGGUAAGCCGUUGCAGUCUCAUGCAAAGGCCCCGUAUAUGGCAACUUUCCGAAUUCGCAAACAGAAGGGGGCCUCCAAUGAGGAGACGAGCGACCUGAUAGAGUCGGCACCCAAGGUUCAAAUCGCCCAUCCCAAGAUCAGCCACAGCCGCAGAAAUACAAGUGACAUCUCCAACGUUGAGUUGAACGAUGGAAAUUUGUCAACUUAUGAGGUUUGGCAGAGUGCCAUCUUCAAAGUCGGCGACGACUGUCGGCAAGACGUCCUCGCGCUGCAGAUGAUUGCAGCUUUCCGUGGCAUCUUCAACUCGAUCGGCCUGGAUGUCUACGUCUUUCCAUAUCGUGUCACCGCGACAGCGCCUGGCUGUGGCGUCAUUGACGUACUUCCGAACUCUAUCAGUCGCGACAUGUUGGGCCGGGAAGCGGUAAAUGGGCUGCAUGACUACUUCAUCACCAAAUACGGCGGCGAACAUUCCGUACGGUACCAGGAAGCCCGCAGUGAAUUCGUGAAGAGCAUGGCGGCAUAUUCUGUCAUCACGUACCUCUUACAGUUCAAGGACCGCCACAAUGGAAACAUCAUGAUUGACGACAAAGGCCACAUUCUCCACAUUGACUUUGGAUUCUGUUUCGACAUCGCGCCGGGCGGAGUCAAAUUCGAACGGGCCCCUUUUAAAUUGACGCCUGAAAUGAUUGCCGUCAUGGGCGGCGACGACCCUCAUACCAGUCAACCAUAUCGCUGGUUCGAGGAGCUGACGAUCAAGGCCUUCCUGGCCAGCCGCCCCUACUGCGACAAGCUCAGUCACUUGGUGAGUCUGAUGCUAGACAGCGGGUUACCGUGCUUCAAGCCGGAGACGAUGAGGAACUUCAAGCAGAGAUUCGUGCUGGAAAAGACCGAGCGAGAGGCUGCCGAUUUCAUGUUGGGAUGCAUCAAGAAGAGCGCGGCGAACGUGACAACCAAAGUGUACGACGAGUUCCAACUGAUCACCAAUGGAAUUCCGUACUAG